UACUUCUGGCUCUCCAGCUGGCCCUACCAAUGGGCCACCUCUUCUCAGACCUCCAGCCACUUCCCCCACAAAUGGCUCCCAGUCUGAUGCAGUUUGGAGUAGUGGGCCUGCAGAGGAUCUCCCCGUGAAUAAAGCAGAGGGAAAACAGUCCCGGGAGAGGAUCAUCAUGGAGAGGGCUGAGAAAAGGCGGCUGGCAGUAGAGAGAAAACGAAGGGAGCAGGAGGAGCUGAAGCGCAAGGAGCAAGAGAAGCAGGAGCGCGAGGAGAGGAUGCGGGAGGAAAUGGAACAGGAGCGGCAGAGGAGAGUGGAGGAGAUGCGUUUAAAAAAGCUCCAGCUAGAAGAAGAGCGCCAGCGCCAGGAGGAGGAAGCAGCCAGCAGGCGAUAUGCUGAGAAGGCGGCCGAAGAACGUGUGCGGCAGCAGCAGGAGGAGCACCGCAGGAAGCUCCUCGAGAUGCAGAAGAAGAAACGAGAGGAGGAGCAAGUGCGUGCAGAAGCAGAAAAACUCAGGCAGAAAGAAAGGGAAAUGUGGCUAAAAGAAGAACAGCAACGCUUAGCUGAGAUGGCAGAAGAGCAACGGCUGGAGUACGAGAAAAGGAAACAGGAAGAAGCAGAGAAGGCAAAAUGUGAGGCCGAGGAGCGAAGGAAGAGAGAGGAGGAAGAGGCUAGAAUUGCUUUGGAGGAAGCAAAGAAGCAAGCAUUAUUACUAGCAAGGUAUGCAGCUUAAUGGGAGGAAGGAAUUGUUCAUACCAAAUUAUGGCACAUUAGUGGUUGUCCGAUAUCAGGUGCUGGCCUGGUAGAGGAUUGCUGUGGCUCGGCAGGAGAACAAGCAGGGCUGAUAAAUAUCUGUCUGAAAUUCUGAGAAGCUGCUGCCAGUCAGUGUAGCUCAUACGGAGU